AUGUCUACAAUAGAUGCUCCUUGUUGCACCUGUCCAUCAAAUGCAACUGCCCGGCCUGGUCAGAUAGUGCUUAACGCACAGGUCAAGAGACGUACCAAGGUACAAAAGAAUGCUGAUGACCUUGCCCUCAAGGAAGCCAAGGAAUUAAAGGAGGCACAGGCUGACAAGGGACUGAAGCGCCUGGCUGGUAUGCAGAAUGAGAUGGAGAAAGCGCAGGAGGAUUUACUCACGAAAAAAGCGAUCCCUGUUAUGCCCAAGCCAAGGGUUCAUAAGACUAUAAAGCCUGCAGUAAGGAGUAGUGACAAUCAUACUGAUAGCAUGGUGGAGGCUGAUGAAGCCGACAACCUCCAGGAGACUGUUGAGCAGAUGGACAGUGGAACUGUAGGAGUGACGAAGAAGAAGGUAACGAAGAAAGGUGGAAAGACACUGAUAAAGGAUGCCAUCAGCAACAUGCAAAAGAAGAUCAACGAAGCACCAUCAAAAAGGGAAAGUGACAACACCGACGGUGUGGCACAUGUAUCUGAUGGGAAAGACUCAGUGCUUUUCAAUGCAAUCACUCAGAAAUUCGCAUUGGGUGGCCAGGUCACCAACUGGGUUUCCAACAUUAAGCCGCUGGGAAAAUUAGAACAUCCAAAGCCACUACCAUCUGCAUCAAGCACUGCUUCUACGGCAGCAACUUCUGAUGUGCAGGUCCUGAUUUGGAAGCCUGUGGUUCCAGCUGAAAUUCCAGAUGCAGAUGACGCCCUCAUAGGCAGUUUUGCAGAUGCCAUCGAUGAUACCCUGGAGCAUGAGGCCACUAUUGUGCAAGGCAAGGGAAAAUCGAAGGUAGUCUCAAUAUUUGAAGAUAAUGUGGACUUUGAGCCAAAGGCAACUUCCACAUCAGUACCAUCAGGAGCAUAUGACUCGGAUGAAGAUUUGGCGACUUCAUUUGCAGAGCAGGAACAGUACUCACUGGAGCCCAAGCCUCCAUUCACACAAAUCGACACUCUCUGGACCCUCAAGUGGAAAACUCUGGUGGAUGAUGCCUUAGAUGAUGAUAAGGAGGCGUCUGUGGUGUCUGACUGGUCCAUGGACAUUGAUGGUCCUGCUUUUGAGGACCUGAUUAUGGUUUCUGAUGAAGAGUCUCAGCCUGAACCUGUGGUACUAAAGAAGGAGAAGAUUCAGCGCACAACAUCUUCAACGUCUGUAUCUGUUGCUUCUACUGCUGACAGCAAGCCGCCUGCUCUAAAAAAGGCCAAGGUAGAUCAGCGCUGGACAAAGAAGUAUCUCCCUACUGUCAUGUUGUGGGCCGGGAGUUAUGGUGAUAUCUGGAACAUCCCAGAUGACGUCCUUCUCCUUCAUGCCCAGCUCAUUUUUAAUGUGGUAUACAAGGAACUUAACAUCACUAUCGUUCAUGGUGGUGUGAUACACUCCCUGACAGCGCAGUGUAUAUCCGAAUGGCACAGCAAUUUUAGCUCUACAGGCAUAGUCAUCGUCCUGGACUUUUUGAUGCGAAAUUCUGACUGCGAUCUUGUUGAACUCGCCAAGUCUUUAAUUGCAGGUUAUGCAUUCUUGUUUCAGGAUCCUGAUGAGCCGAAUCCCCUCACAGUGUACCAUUCUCCCUUUGUUUUGCAGUUGUUGGGUACUGCGCAUCUCAAUGCCAUCAGUGGGUAUGUGGAUGUUCCCAAACUCGACAUGCAUGCACUCGUGACACUUGGGAUGUCAGGCGUUAUUGCCCUUUCUGCUGCAGCAAUUGAACGUGCCCUCAAUAUGUUUGCAGACAAGCAUUUGAAAGUCAAGGAAGUCUUAGCGGCUGGCUCAGGUAAACUCGCUAUCAAGCUACCAAAAAUCCUCAACAAAACCACCAGCAAAAUGACCAACACCCCAUUCUUAUUUUCAGGGGCUCGCUGGACUAAAGUGACUAACUCGUUCAUCAAGUCUAUCUCGAACAAGCCUGCUGGAUACAUAGAGACUACGAUACAGAUGGCACGUGCCUGUACUAUGUCGAGCGAUGCGAUGGAUCCAGCACAGGGCUCAUUUGAUGAUGAGGAGUCUGAGGACGAUGAGCGUGCUAUGCUUUCAAGUUUCCUUAAUUUUCUGCUUAUCGUGUAG